GUCGCUCCUGCACAAGCCUGGUCCUGAGAUCCUACCAGAAUCUGACCUUGAUUCAGAAACUGAUCUUGAUCCAGGUCUGGACCAGAACCGGACCAGAAUCCUCCAGGAACAGCAGCAGCUCGGUUCUGGUCUCACUUCCUGCUUGGUUCACUUUGGUUCCACUUUGAGUCGGAUCUGCAGCGAUUCGGGUCGACCAACAACUCUCAGAUCAGUGGGGGGGCGGAGCCAGCUGUCUCAGCAUGUUGCCCUGGGUGACGAUCCUGUUGGUGAUGAUGAUGAAGAGAAACAAUGCCUCUGCUGACAUUACCAAUGUAACUAGAACCAGCGGUGAGAGCCUCAAGCUGUUCCCUGACCUCAGAAGGGGGCGUAAGGGGAUCGAACUGCAUUUCAGGUGGACCCACCCCCUCCUGCUGCUGGACAACCAGAGAACCAGGUGUCCCCACGGCCGCUGUGAGCUGCUGGAGGACGGGUCGCUGAGCUUCAGCAGUGUCCAGCCAGAGGACUCUGGAGUCUACACCCUGGAGGUCUACAACCAACAGGGGUAUAGGCAACACAAGCAGGUGUUCCACCUGCAGGUGGAAGAAAGCAGUCAGUCCAGGAUGACCGCCAUCGUCUGCUCGCUCCUCCUGCUGCUAAUCCUGCUGCUCUUCAUCAUCUCCUUCCUCCUGUGGAAGAGGAGGCUUCUCAGGUCCAGCAUUUCAAGUGCAGCAGCCGGUGAAAGGGACACCCAGACCUACAUGGCGAUGCGUGGUAACCAUGGCAACAAGGACCAAGAGGAGGGGGAAAAGAAGGAGGAAGAACCUAUUUAUGUUCCCUGUUAUCCUGCAGUUCCUGCUGAGCCGGCUGAGAACAUCUAUGUCUGAUGGCCAAUCAGAGCGCUGCGCUGCAGAGAUAGCCAAUCAGAGCACUGUGGGGCCAUCUCUCAGCUGUGAUUGGCUGAGCUGUUAAACUGUUUUCCUUUCUACCAAAUAAAAAAAAAAAAUUAACCCAGACUUUGAU